UUAAAAGCUCUGGAAUUCUUUUUGAUGCUAUUUUUGCUGCAUACACACCUUAAGAGGUUGAUAUUUUAAGACAAGACUUAAGGCACAUUGCAGUCGUAGAUAGAGUGAAGAAAAGCUUUACCUAUAGUUAGUUAUAUAGUAAUACAUUUUUAUGCAUUAUGCCGUCUUUUUUAUCAGUAAAUAACUAGCCAUACAAACGAAAUAUCCCCGAAAUUCCCCAAAAUUUCCCCAAACACUGGUGAAGGUCAUUUGACUCCGAGAGUUUCCCCGAAUACCCCAAACUUGGAAGCUCGGGUCGUAUUCAUACAUACAAGUAGAUAUCAUGCAAAUAAUUGCGUGAUUACACGCUACAGGAUGUCAUCCAAAGUUCCUAUACUUUCUGCCGGUGGUCCUUUGAUAUUUCGUCAAUUAUUUGAAAAGGUUUCAUCUACAUACACUUACUUACUGGCCGACUCACAUACCAAAGAUACUGUUAUUAUCGACCCUGUUUUAGAAACUGUUGAACGAGAUAAAAAACUUAUAUCUCAGUUGAAUCUUAAAUUGGGUCCGAUAAUAAAUACUCAUUUGCAUGCUGAUCACGUAACUGGGAGUGGGUUGUUAAAGCGAAUUCCUGGAUCUUUCAGUGUGUUGUCGCACUAUGAUGGAGUCAAAGUUGACAAGAUAAUAAAACAUGGAGAUGUUAUUAAGUUUGGAAAUUUCGAAUUAGAAUGUCGAAGUACUCCAGGGCAUACAUCAGGUUGUAUGACGCUAGUAUUGCAUUCCGCUGGUGUUGCUUUCACUGGUGACACACUUUUAAUUCGUGGUUGUGGAAGAACAGAUUUUCAAGGAGGCUCAGCUGAGACAUUAUAUGAUUCAGUCUAUUCACAAAUCUUUAGUCUUCCAAAUGAUUAUACAUUGUUUCCUGCUCAUGAUUAUUUAGGCAACACUAUGACUACUGUUGGUGAGGAAAAGGCAUUUAAUCCUCGAUUAACUAAAACCAAAAUUGAAUUUGUUAAAAUUAUGAAUGAAUUAAAUCUUCCGUUACCUAAACAAAUGGAACGUGCUAUUCCAUUGAAUCUAAAAUGUGGUAUCAAUGAUGAAUAAUGUCAAAUGAUUCUGAAGUAAUAUAUAUUCAUUUGUUUAUUUGUUUAUUUAUUUCUCUCAGUCAGUUUACUUAACUUUGUUCAAAAAAUGUCCAUUUUUUUAAAUUAAAAAAUCAGAUUACUUUAUCCGUAACUUUGUGAAAUACUCAUUUCCAAAAAGGAAACAUCUCCAUAUAAGUGACUUACAUCUAUUAUCAACAUCCUAUUUCUAUUCAUUAAGAGUGAUACUUAAGUUUUG